UCUGUUGCUAUGUGCUCUGUCUACGGCGACGGCUUGCACACACUUUGCACUACCACUGAUAACAGCAUUCACGUCUGCCUCUCUCCUUACACUCCAUUAAAAAACAUUAUCGCCACUUUACUCGGAAUCAAAGCCUUAAUGAAGGCCGCGCCACGUGCAUUCAUCUCUGUUGACACAAUGAAAACCUUUUAUUCUCCGCUGCAUAGUAUUAACCGCAUAACCACGUCAUCACCCUCCCUCGUCUGUCUGCACGUCGCUGAGUGUUCCCCCCCCUCGGAGCUCUCCCUUGGCCAGGACACCUCUCUCUGGAUAGACAUGCUCUCCAACCAGUCCCUUGGGCCCGUCGCCGAAAGCCUCUCCCGGGAGGAUCCCGACGCUGCAUGCAACCACACCGCAGCCUGGGACUGGGUGCACACCAUACAGCCGGGCUACAUGUCCAUCAUCUGCGCGUUGGGCAUGGCGGGCAACGCCUUCGUCCUCUUGGUGUUCUGCCACCGGCGGCCGCGCCACCGCACCGCGGCCGACAUCUACCUGGGCAACCUGGCGGCGGCCGACCUCCUCAUGGUCUCCUGCCUGCCCUUCUGGGUGGCGACGAUCAUCGGCCGCUUCCAGUGGCGGUUCGGCGAGACCAUGUGUCAGCUGGUCAACGUGGUCAUCAGCAUGAACUACUACUGCAGCGUGCUGUUCCUGACGCUGGUGAGCGCCGACCGCUACCUGGCCGUCACCAGGCCGCUGUCGUCCCACAGGGGGGCGGGCCCUGGCAGGGGGAGGCAGGUGCCCUGGGCCCACGCGCUCUGCCUGGGGGUGUGGGCGCUGGGCGCGCUGCUCAGCCUGCCCGCGCUGCUGUUCCGCACCGUGCGCUCCUUCCCCGAGCUGGGGGUGGACGCCUGCGUCAUGCAAUACCCCCACGGGGGCUGGAGGAUGCGCUACAACCUGACCUUCAACCUGGUGGGCUUCCUCAUCCCGGUGCCGGUCGUGUCCUUCUGCACCUACCACAUCUGCAGGGUCCUGCGGGAGAGCCGCGCGCUGCGGGGCCGUAGCUGCAGGGAGCAGACGACGGCGGCGGUGGCGGUGGAGAGGAAGGCCGCCUACUUGGUGAUGGUGGUGCUCGCCAUCUUUGUCCUGUGCUGGCUGCCCUACCAGAUCAUCGUGCUGCUGGACAGCCUGGAUUACUACCAGGUGAUUUCGGGAUGCACGUGGGCACAUGUGCUCGACAUCGGCGUUCAGUUGGCCACCUACCUGGGCUACAGCAACAGCGCGUUGAAUCCCUUCCUGUACGUUAUCGUGGGGAAGCAUUUCAAGCAGCGGGCCAGAGAGGUCUUUAGGCAGACGCUGUGCAGGAGGAGGUGGAGGAAGACGGCGGGUAACAGUAACUCGAGUACUUUAAGAUACACAGAUAGUACCAAGGUGUGACCCCCCCCCGUGAUCCCAUCUUUGU